CUUGUCAGUCAGACUUUGAACAGUCCGCUGGCGCUCAUCACUGGUCCUCCCCGGCUGCUGCUCGUCGGUAACGACGUCGGUACUGACACUUUCCACCGACUUGCUCCAAAAUCACAGAUGAAGAUGAACAGUUCCUAAGAGGCAGGAAACCCGAGAGCCAUAUCACAGGGACAGACCAGAGAUUAGACGUUAGCUACGUGGUCUAACGUUACCGUUAUUCGGAAGUUGCAAUGGUCCAGUCAAGGGAUAUCUUUUUAGCCUUGCUUCUUGUGAGCUCCACAGUUUCACUGGAAGUGCAGAUCACCCCUGGCCAUGGUGAGAUCAGUGUUGGAGAGUCCAAAUUCUUCCUGUGUGAGGUUGUGGGCGUUGCCAAGCAAAUAGACUGGUAUGGACCAAAUGGGGACAGGAUAGAACCAAACAGACCAGACAUAACAGUAACCCGCAGCGAUGACUCUGCAACACUCACACUCUACAGAGCUGGGACUGACAAUGCUGGAACAUACAAGUGUGUAGCCACCAACGGAGACCUACAAGCAGAGGCAACAGUCAAAGUGAAAAUCUUCCAAAAAAUUACCUUCACAAAUGCACCCUCACCCCAAGAGUUUAACGAAGGAGACAAUGCCAACAUUGUCUGCGAUGUCAUCAGUUCGCCUCCUCCCACUGUUCUCUGGAAACACAAAGGAGCAAGAAUCCAGAUGGAGAAAGAUGUUCGCUUUAAGGUACUGAACAACAAUCACCUUCAGAUUCGUGGCAUAAAGAAGACAGAUGAGGGCUCAUACACCUGUGAGGGUCGCCUCAUGGCUCGCGGCGAGAUCGAUCUGCGGGUCAUCAAGGUCAUCGUCAAUGUGCUCCCAACCAUCAGGGUAUGGCAGUCGGAGGUGAAUGCUACAGCAGAUGUUGGGCAGUCUGCCAUGUUGACUUGUGCUGUUGAUGGCUAUCCUGAACCCAUGGUGACCUGGACAAGGAACGGAAUAGUUCUGGAUGCAGGAGAGAAGUACAGUUUUAACGACGAUGGCUCCGAGAUGACAAUAAUGGAUGUUGCCAAGCUGGAUGAAGGAGAGUACACCUGCAUUGCAAAGAACAAGGCUGGAGAAAGUGACCAUGAACUUAGUCUGAGAGUGUUUGUGAAGCCUAAAAUCACCUACCUGGUAAACCAAACCACAUCAGAGAUGGAGGAACAGGUAACUCUGACUUGUGAGGCAUCAGGAGACCCUACCCCCACCAUCAGCUGGAGCUAUGGCGUGCAUGUCUUCACUGAGGGAGAACAGAGUCUGGAUGGGAAUGUAGUGGUGAGGAGUGAUGCUCGUGUUUCCUCCCUCACUCUGAAGUACGUCAAGUAUACAGAUGCUGGCGAGUACCUCUGCACGGCACGCAGCGCCAUCGGAGAGGACGCUCAACCGGUCUACCUGGAAGUUCGCUAUGCCCCCAAGAUCCAAGGUGCAGUAGCAGUGUAUACUUGGGAGGGGAAUGCUGUUAAUAUCAGCUGUGAAGUUCAGGCUCAUCCUAGUGAAGUAUCAAUUCUGUGGCUCAGAGAUGGACUGCAGCUGCCCAACCCGAACACCACCAACAUCAGGAUCUUCAGAAAUCCCUCAGCCAGCUACCUAGAGAUAACCCCUGAGUCUGAAAACGACUUUGGGAGCUAUAACUGCACUGCCUCAAAUGAAAUGGGAACAGAGUCCAAGGAGUUCGUUCUCAUUCAGGCUGACGUGCCAUCGGCUCCAUCCAUUAGUGAAGUGGAGCCCUUCUCCAGCACAGCACUGGUCCAGUUUCAGGAGCCUGAGGCCACUGGAGGUGUUCCUGUCCUCAGAUACAGAGCUGAGUGGAGGGUUCAGAACAGGGGCAGCUGGACGCAGAGAAUCUAUGAGGUCCAACAAGGCUCCCCCAGCGAGGUGACUAUCACACACCUGAAACCAGAGACCAUCUAUGAAGUGAAGAUGUCAGCCAUUAAUGGCAAGGGUGAAGGUGAAAGCAGCCCCGCUGCAUUCUUCAGGACGGAGCCUGUCCGGAAGCCCAAUCCCCCUAAGCUCGAAGGGACGCUUCAGCCCAAAGGCAACUCCCUCAAAGUCAGCUGGAUCAAGCAGGAUGACGGCGGCUCACCCAUCAUACAUUAUCUUGUCCGCUACAAACCAACACAUGCGUCAGAGUGGAAGCCAGAGUUCCGGAUGCCCAGUGUCAGCGAGUAUGUGCUUCUGAGUGGGCUGGAGUGGGACACAGAGUACAAUGUCUAUGUGGUGGCAGAGAAUCAGAAGGGCAAGUCCCAGCCAGGAAUGCUGUCCUUCAGGACGUCCACGCAGCCCGCUGCCAUCCCAGACCUGGGAGAGGAGGGAGCCCUUCCUAUGGGCAUCGUCCUGUGGGCUGGGGUCCUCGUUGUAACAUUUCUGCUCCUGCUCCUGGCCGUCGAUGUCACCUGUUUCUUCGUGAACAAAUGCGGCCUCAUCAUGUGCCUCUGCGGCAAAUCAGGCACUGGAACCAAAGGACACAGUGAAGAAGGCAAGGCUGCCUACAUAAAGGAUGAGUCGAAAGAGCCAAUAGUGGAAGUGAGAACAGAGGAUGAGUGCACAGCCAAUCACAACGCAGGCGGGCCGACAGAACCAAAUGAGACCACGCCCCUCACAGAGCCCGAGCUGGCGGCUUUCACUGCUGCUCUGGCACUGGACACCCUCUCCUCCGUAGCCACCAACUCUGACACAGCCACUGCAACCUUUGACCCUGCUCAGGACAGCCCCUGUAGCGAGACCACUACCCUCACUUGUAGCUUGUCUACCCCGGCCAAUGACCCCUCACCCACCCCUGUCCCGGCCCCAGCUCCCACCCCAGAGUCAAACACAGCCCCACCAAACCCUCUCAUCUCCACGUCUGCUGUCACAGCUAAAAUGGCCCCAUUAGUCGAACAGAGAGGAAAUAAUGCCCCAGAGGCAGAGGAGAAAACCUCCACUCCUCCUUGUACCCCUGAACGGACUAAACUUCAAAAAUCUGCGACUCCAAUACCACCAAAGCGUAGACACUCUCCCAGACUCGCCGCGCAUACUCCUAAAGGUAGCCCCCCAAUAUCUGCACUCGCCACUUCCUCCCCAUCGGCCUCUCCAACCCCAGACACUAAGAAAGCCGCUCCGAGCCCCCCAGUCACGCAGCGUCCCGCUGAGCCAGCUCCUGCAGCCGUAGAAACUGAGACACCAGCCCAAACUGCUUCCACUCCAGCAGCUACUGCCAUAACCAAACCAGAAACUGGUCCCAGCACUACUGCCCCUGAGACCAGUGGGCGUAUUCAGACUCCCUUUGAUGCUGAUAAACCUAAAGACAAGGCUGUUGACAACAACACCACAGCUACUGCCAAAGAUGCCACCUUUACCCCGAAAGCUCCCACUGCCACUAGCUCUCCUCCAGUUGGCCACGAUGUUGUUAAAUUCAUGGAAACUGAAGAACCAGCUCCACUAGUUCCCCAAAUCCUCACUCCGGUUCCGGCGGCCCUAAGUGCUCCUCUGUCUGUCCGUGCCUCCUCUGCAUCUAGCCUUCAGGCACCCAUCUCUAACGAUCUCCUCACAUCAGCACCCAACUCAUACGACCUGCUAACCCCUGACCUGACCACACCUCACACAAGGCCCCAAACUGCAGAGUUAGAGCUAGAGUUGACAAAUGGGCCAGAGAUCCCCCCCCUGCCCGCAGCAGACCUUAUUAGCCUGGACAGCCCCCCCUCUGCCCCCUCUCUGGCCAACGGAGACGGAGCAGACCUCCCCCCCCCAGGCCCAGCUCUGGAGGCAUCAGAGACUCUGGCCAAGGCUGCUCCUCCUGUCAACGACGAGAAUAUUUUUUCUGAUGAGAAAGGUAAAGCAGAGGAGACAGAAUUAUCAAAUGCCCUGACGGAGAUCACUGCAGAACACAACAAUAUCAUACAGACAAAUAUCACCGAGAGCAAAGCAUGAUGGGGCAGGGGAACCCCGGCCCAUGCAAAACAUUUGCAGCACCACCAGGCGAGAAACACUGCAGGAGUUUUGAUUUCCAGUGCCCUUAACUGCAUAUCCAGAACAACAUCCACUCGUAGAUUGAUUAGACUGUGUUGUCAUUUCUGGUUUCAUUUAUAGGAGAUGUUUGCUACACCCAAGGAGAAUAAGUUAGGCUUGAGGUCAUGAGAGAUUUAUUUUUAUUUUUUUAUUGUUAUUUUAUUUAACCAGUCAGAACAAUAAGAACAAACUCUUCUUAUAAUGCUUGCUUUGGAAAGAGAUGAGAUUGGACUAUAGUUUCUAAUGUGUUUAGAGUUUUGAGUGUGGUUGCAGAAAACCAUUGGAUUAUUAUGGAAUAUAUAUAUAUAAAUAUAUAUAAAUAAAAACUGACUAUAUAGAGUUUAUUUUUUUUAUUUUCUUGUUCAACUGUUCCAAUGUAUAACUGAUUGCAUUUUUAUUUAAAAUUAUAAUUUGAGGGCUAGUCUCAUUGAAUAGCUUGUUCUGCAUGUCAGACCUGCAAGUGGUUAUAAUGCUUGUUUGCAAGUUUUGUUUUUGUUUUUGUUUUUUUUUCACUCCGUCUGUUAUGGGGAUGUUUUAUCUCUCACAGAUAAGCUGUCAUUGAUUAAACUUAGGCCUAAGUUCAUUGUUUUGACAAUAUCUGCGUUUGUUACAACCAUAAUAGCACACUGUUAACCCACAGCCAGCAGCAGGGGGAAAGUGAAUGAAAGAGAAUCUGCUGGAAGAUUUAUUAAGAUUAGAUUUCCCCCGACUGUCCAUAUAGUGAUCUGGUGGAAGGAUCAGCUAGUAUUCAGCCUGCCUUACCACAGAGGUAAUUACUAUAAAUAUGUCUCACCAUAAAAUAGUGAAGCAGCUACUUUACACAAUGAACACAAACGUUCACAGAGAGAAACCGAAAGUCCCAGCAAAACUGCUAAUCCUCGGCCAGGGUUUGGAGAACCUGGAAUCAAGCGGACGCCUUGUAAUUCUGAGCUAAAUAUACGCCACUUCUUUGUUUUGAACAUCAACUAUGAUAGCUAUCUUCUCCACAUGAAAGCAGAUCAAAUGCCUGGCUUCAUACUUUCAGUUGUAGUUUUUAAAGCAAAAAUAAAUAAAAGAAACUAAUGAAUAAAAAAAAAAAUAAUAAUAAUAAAACACUUUAAAAAAGCAUUUUUGUACUAUUUAAAGCUAGAAGGAUUUAUUUUCCAUUCCUGCCUGCAAGCUUGUGCACCGUGCCUGUGUGUCAAUAGAUUGUCUUGUCAUCAGUUUCUAUAAUAAUAUGCAUUGCUUUGUUGUGAGAGAUUUAGCCUAUUCUUUUUUAUACUGUAUCUUUAGAUGAGAAGUACAAUAAAUGGACUAAUGUGGUCAUUAUAACACGUGUAAUGUAUGAAACUGUCCGUCUCUGGUCACACCACUAUAUAUUGCCAGCUAUAGUGAAGGAAAAUGUUAUGAGUCUCGGCAUGAAUUCAGUCAGUGCUUCAUAACGUAUAACUACAAGACAGCUAGACAUGCCCGUGUUUGUUUGGGGCUAACUAGAUUUCAUACUGAUUCAAUGAGUGUUACCUUUGGGCUUGUUCUGGCAUUAUUACACUUUUUUUUUUGUUUGUUUGUUUUUUUUUUUUUGUUCCCCAGUUGUUACUCAAGUGUUCUGUAAUGUGGUCUUUGAAUUUCUUUUUUAGUUUUUGUCUUUUGUACAAAAUCACUCACCAAGAGCUGGGAGCAGGGUGGUCGCCCUGAUACAAAAGAGUACAUUUUUCUAAAGUGUUAGAUAGUCGUUGCAGGGAUAGUAGACGCAACGCCACAUGAAAUAAAGAAGGGUUUGCAAUCUGUCAAAACGACAGCACAGGCUUUCCUGACCUUGUGUUCUCCAGCAGUCAGCAGACCACCCUGUUCCCUCAUCUCUGGAGGCUCCUUUUGAUUUUAUCGGGUCAAACUCAGAAAAUGUCAGCCGUGUACAGUCUGAGUGCUAACCCAUUUACAAAAUAAAACAUGGUUUCUGAAUCUA